GAGUAUCUGCAUGAGUUUAUGCAGCUGCUGCCACGUGAUUGGCUGAUUGGAUAACUGCAUAAAUGACCAGGUGUGCAGGUGUUCCUAAUAAAGUGGACGGUUAGUGUACAUACUAUAAAUUAUAAAUACCAAAACAGAGGACGUGUUUUCAGCUAAAUGCUUUUUAAAAGCGGGUACGGACCUUGAUUGAUUAAUACAAAGUGGUAAGGAGGGAAAUGAGGCCUUUCACACUACAUGUGAAAAAGACGGAGAAACCAAACGCCUUUUUGUUUGUUCCAAUAGGGUUGCCGUAGGUUUUUACAAACCCGGAAAAAUGGCGGAUAUCGAGCAAACUUUUCAAAGUGGUUAGCUAGCUUUUGUAAAGUAACUUAGAGUAGGUAUUAUUUCAUUGUUCUUACAGAAACAGUCUCUGAAGUAGUUGGUGACAAAUAUAUUCUCAAGUAUACCCUGUUGUUACUAGUUACUUUCACUUUUUUUUCUUUUUUUCCGGUAGUAAUUAUUACCGGUUAGCCUGGUUAUUGUUACUUUAGCUGGAAACAUCAGCUUUUUUUCAUGUGUUUUGUUUUGCGCUUGUUGACACAAGUACACUACAACAAAGUUUGGGCAGUUUUAAGAGUUUGUAACAAUCUAGCUAGUCAUUUAGCACAACUGGAAGUUGUCCUGAGCUAGCUGAGUUAGCUAAGUGCAGCGCCAGGGAGUGAAAAGCAGAAGUUUGUUGUAUGGGAACUUUGACUGGGUCAGUGUUUUCGGAGAACUGCCUGAGGAUGAACCUGAACACUAAAGUAUGCUGGCACUGAAGAGUCACUGAGCUUGACUGAGUGAGUGCGAGUGUGUGGAGCUCCAGAGAUGUGCAGGCUUCUCCGCUACUGCUUCAGCCAUUCGCUUUCUGCAGCCAUGAGCAGACUGGAGGAGCUUCGGAGCGGGGUGAGUGUGUGGUCGUCCAUUCGCUACCUGGGCUAUUUGUCCACUCUUAACCUACUCGUGGCCAUAUGCCUGGGUCUGUAUGCUCGCUGGGAGAGGACAGCAGAACCCGUCCUUCUGGUCAUCUUCAUCCUGGCCCUUUUUGUCUUGGGUAUCGCCAGCAUCCUGUACUACUACUUCGGGAUGGAGAGGCUCAGUCUGGGACUGUUCCACCUGUGGCUGGGUUUCCUGCUGGGCUUGCUGGGAUUUCUCAACAAGCCUUCCUUCGCUGACUUAAAGGAGCAAAUCAGCAGUUACAUGCUGAUAGCCAGCAUGGUCAUAAGAACACUGUGGGCUCUGGUGGAGAGAAUCUGCGGCUGCACCAGACAAAGGCCAGCACUUCUGACCUCUGCCGAGACUUUGGAGCUGACCGGUUUCGCUGUGGCCAGCACAACACAGGUGGCCCAUGCCUCCAUGAGCCUCGUAGCCCUGGCGCUGACUGUUGCCACGCUGCUCGUGGACUUGCGCAUGAAGUCCUUCCUGGCUCUUCCUAACCUCAUCUGCUUCUCUGUGGUCACAGCGCUCUUCUUCUUCAGCUCUCUCGGAGUUUCCACAAACCCCUACGUGCUGGUGUGCUUCCUCAUCCGCCUUGUGUGUGAGCCGCUCUUGGAUAUGUACUUCAGUGGCCUCUCGGUGACCGAGCGCUGGUCCCCGUUUCUGAAGAGAGGAGGUCUGUGGAGGCGUCUCAGUCUCCUGCCUCUGACUGCUGUUGAAAUCACCUUCCUGGUCCUGGCUGCUUUCAAGAUGGGUGAUCUGGACCGGUGGUAUGUCGUGAUUCCGGGUUUUUCCGCCUCCAGUGUGUUCUGGAUCAUCUGCCACGUGGUCUUCCUGGUUACCCUCUGGGGUUUCCACAACAAGCUGAGUGACUGCCAAAGAGUGUGUGUGGCUCAGAGGACCAAUCCUGGUGCACUGGACAGGGUGAUGACCUCCAAAGGCAUGCGUCACUUCUGCCUUGUCUCAAAACGCCUGGUGCUCUUCAGCCUUGUGUCCACAGCUGUACUCGGGGCCCUUUCAUGGCAGCCAUUCAACAGCCUGUUCAUUGGUGUGUUUCUGCUGGUCCUGCCUCUCGAGUCUCUGGCUUAUGGCCUUUUCUAUGAGCUGGGUAACUGCCUCGGCGGGACGUGUGUGGGUUACGCAGUGGUCAUCCCUACCAACUACUGCAGUGUGGAUGGACAGCCCACCCUGCUGCCCCCGGAUGAGGUGCAGGAGCUGAACCUGCGCACCACAGGCAUGCUGAACAACAUGCAGCGCUUCUUCUCCCACCACAUGAUUGAGUCUCAUGGCUGUGAUUACUCCAGCAGCGGCAUGACGCGGGACAUGUUGCACUCGAAGCUCCGCUCCUUCCUGGAGGCGCACACGGUGGACGGACCGCGCUACGACACCUACAUGCUGUUCUACAGCGGCCACACACACCGCACCGGAGAGUGGGCUCUCAUAGGUGGAGAAGUGCUGCAUCUGUCCGAGAUUGUGCAGAUGUGGAGGGAGAAGAACGACGGUUACUGCUCUCGUCUCGUCGUCGUGCUCGACACGGAGAACUCGCUGCCAUGGGUGAAGGAGGUGUGCAAAGUGGAGGAGGUUUAUGUAGCAGUACAGGGGGCUAAGCUGGUGAACUCGAUGGACAUAGAGCUCCAGAAGCUGCCUCAGAUCGGAGAUUUCACCGCCGAGUGGGUGGAGUUCAACUGCAACCCUGACAGCGGCGUGCGCUGGUCCGAGCACGGCCGGACCGUCAUGGCCACCUACGGCGUCUCCAGACACUGGGGGGACUACAAGCUGCACCUGCCUACAGGAAGUGACGUCGCUAAGCACUGGAGGCUGUAUUUUCCACGCUGGACGUAUCCUGUAGUGCAGCUGGCACACUGGAGCGUUUCUCUGAACCUGUUCUGGAUUUGCAACAUGUGUCUGCGCUUCCUACGCAGGCUCAAACUGACGUGGUUUCCUCCUGCAGUGCUCGACACCGGCCAGGGCUUCAAACUGGUUAGGUCGUAGAAGCAGAUCGUGUAUGUUAGCAUGAAUAGACCAUAACAAUUAUUAGCACUUGUCGAUUGUGACACUGAUCUGAUGACCCCUAGCAAUAACAGCUUGUAAUUUGAGAAUGAUUUGCUUGAUUUCGGGAAUGUGAGAGUCUGAGUAUGUGUGUGUGUGUGUUUGAGUGAUUUAUUGAGUGGUUUUACGAUUAAAGAACUGAGCGAAUGUGUAACGGACGCAUUGCACAGAGGAAACUGUAUGUUUUAAAGCAAAAACAGCAGCACUGCAAUGCAAAAGACACUAACGUGUCACUAUAGGCCACAGCAACAGCGCAUGAUUUCAUAUUCAACUAAUAAUACCGUUACUGAUACUUUAGCUAACACUGUUGUUUCUUUUAACCAUUUCUACCCAUUUGAAACACUCGCUCAGGGAUAGGGAUUAGUUCCUAAAGUUAAACUCGGAGUGUUUUGUUAACGCAAGGUUAGUGCAUUUAAUGAGCUUAGAGAUCAGCCUUCAUCAUCAUCAUCAUCACUACUGUACAGUAACACGCUAUCAGGUGUUUUUGCUCAAAGCUGUUCACGUUCCCCGUUAUUCACUAAUUUGAGUACAACUAUGGCUUGACGCAAUACGACUGAAGAUUAUGACAUUCAUUUUAGGUCACUGAGGUCACAAAUUCUGAUCAGUUUUCUAAAGAUAUUAUAUUUAUAUUGACGUGUUUUCCUAAAAACAAAUGUUUGACUGAAAAUCAUUUUGUCCUUUAGUAAAUUUUGAUAUUUAUUCUUUACCUCAUGGCAAAAUUGAGCUUUAAGGGUAAUUUAGUAACACUGUGUUUUUGCAUUGAUAUAAUCUGGGGCGUAGGUCCACAGGGAUGAUCACGAGGUUAUUUCAUGACCUACCAUUGCUUGCAAAGACGAUGUGUAUAAAAAAAGGAAAAAAAAAAAAGAUUUAAUCCUGAACUAGACUUAAUAAGUCUCCAGUUACCUGGCC